AUGGAGCACAUGUCCUCUCCCGUGAGGUUUCGCAGCGACAUCAGAGCGAGACUGGAGCGUUCCAGUCUGUCCAUUGAGGACGAGGAAGACCUGGCCCGCCCCCGCGCCACAAAGGACCUCCUCCCCACCAUGAGGGACCUCCCCCCCGCCACCAGGGACCUCCCCCAUCUCCCCCACUCCACCAGGGACCUCCCCCAACUCCUCCCUGCCACCAGGGCCCUCCCGCCGCCCCCCCGUCCCGAGGGGCCCCUCCCCGUCGGGGGCAAAGAAGGUGAACCGGAGCCCGAGCCGACAGAGGCCCCACACGCCACAGGGGCCCCGCGUCCGCCUGCGGCCUGCAGCCCUGCAGGCUCUGCCGUCCAAGAGACCCCUCCUCCACCCCUGAAGGCCCGCUGCUCCGCCCCAGAGACCCCUCCUCCACCCUUGACCCCCCGCCGCUCCAUCCCGGAGACCCCUCCUCCACCCUUGAUCCCCCGCCGCUCCACCCCGGAGACCCCUCCUCCACCCCUGAAGGCCCGCCCCUCCGCCCCGGAGACCCCUCCUCCACCCCUGAAGGCCCGCCCCUCCGCCCCGGAGACCCCUCCUCCACCCCUGAAGCCCUGGCGCUCCACCCGGGCGGACAGCGACCUCCAGCCGCUGCAGCUGCGGUCCCAGAUGGCGAGGCAGGGCUCGCUGGACUCCCCGCUCAGCCCCGCCUCGCGGCCACGCAGCCCCUGGGCCCGCCUGGACCCCUACGACUCCCCAGAGUCACUCAAGGCUCCGGAAUUAAACUCAAUGCUGUAUGAAGGGAAUGUGUGUGCCCAGCAGGACCAGGACAAGGAGUAUGUCGGCUUUGCCACGCUGCCCAGCCAGGUGAACCGCAAGACGGUGAAGAAGGGCUUCACCUUCACCCUCAUGGUCACAGGGGAAUCUGGUUUGGGUAAAUCCACCCUGAUCAACAGUCUGUUCCUCACCGAUCUCUACAAAGACCGGAAGGUUCCCAACGCUGAAGAACGGAUCCUCCAGACGGUUGGCAUCGUCAAACACACCGUGGGCAUCGAGGAGAAAGGGGUCCGACUCCGGCUGAACAUCAUCGACACGCCGGGCUUUGGAGACGCUGUCAACAACACAAAGAGCUGGAAGGAGGUGGAGGACUACGUGGACCAGCAGUUUGAGCAGUACUUCAGGGAGGAGAGCGGGCUGAACAGGAAGAACAUCCAGGACCACCGAGUGCACUGCUGCCUCUACUUCAUCUCCCCCUCCGGCCACGGUCUCCGUCCCCUGGAUGUGGAGUGCAUGAGGGCCUUGCAUCAGAAGGUCAACAUAGUUCCUGUCCUGGCCAAGGCUGACAGUCUCACCCCCGCUGAGGUCCGCACCAAGAAGCUGAAGAUCAGGCAGGAGAUUGAACAGUUUGGGAUCAACAUCUACCAGUUUCCCGAGUGUGACUCAGAUGAAGACGAUGAGUUCCAACUACAGGAUCAGAUCCUCAAGAACAGUGUCCCCUUCGCAGUCAUUGGCAGCAACCUUCAGGUUGAGAGUGAAGGCCGAAGGUUCAGAGGUCGAAUCUAUCCGUGGGGGCUUGUAGAAGUGGAGAACCCCGAGCACUCCGACUUCCUGCUGCUGAGGAACAUGCUGGUCCGGACCCACAUGCAGGACCUGAAGGACGUGACCCGGGAGAACCACUACGAGAACUACCGGGCCCAGUGCAUCCAGAGCAUGACCCGCAUGGUGGUGCAGGAGAGGAGGCGCAGUCUGUGUGACCAGAUCCAACAUGAGAACAGCGCAGACGUUCCCCUUCCUCUGGCGGUCAUCGCCAGCGAGAAGGAGAGGCUGAUCUUGGAGAAAGAUCAGGAAUUGCGGAGGAUGCAGGAGGUACUGGAGAGGAUUCAAGAGCAGAUGCUGCAAAACCACAGAGACGGCUUCUAAAUAGAAACCAAGGGAAAGAUGAGGACCAGCCAAGAGAAGAGUUGAAUCAUAGGCAUAGAAAAGACUGAGACUGUGUGGACAGGGCCUCAAUUCUACCCUGGAAACCAAAAUCUAAGCUACUUCCAGGAGUCCUGUCCUUGGGGUCUGAGUUAACAGCUCCACUAGUCUUGAAUUGGGGUCUUAGUCAACAGCUCCAUUAGUCCUGCGUUGGGAUCUUAGUUAACGGCUCCACUAGUCUUGUGUUGGGUUUCUAGUUAACGGCUCAACUAGUCAUGUGUUGGGGUCCUAGUUAACGGCUCGUUGGGCGAUAUAGGACGUCCAUAGGAACAAUUUUUUCUUACUGAUUUUUGUAUUUCUUUUUCCAUUUAAUAUAAAUUUAACCUUUUUAUUUGCAAUUUGAGACCAAAUAAUAAAUUAUUUCAAACUUUAUCAACCUGUUGGCAGAUAUUUUCAUAAAUAGCAAAUCAGAAUGUAAGUUGAUAAAACAAA